GUAUCAUCAGACACCGUGAUCGCCAAGAUUGCCCGGUUCGAAUGAGAGAUACCUUACAUCGAAUAAGAAACGAGAGCGUAUCGACUGCUCGAGGGUACCGGACUGGCCCCGCGCUUCCUCGCUCACUUCCAUGAGAAUGGGCGCGUGAUGGGUCUUCUGCUGGAGAAGCUGGAUGGGCGCUUUGCUUCCAUUGAGGAUCUGAACGACUGCGAGGCCGCUUUGAAGAAGCUUCACGCGCUAGGACUCGUACACAGGGAUGCGAACCAAUGCAACUUCCAUAUCAUGGAAGAAGGUGUGAAGCUACUCGAUUUUCAAUCCUAGCAAGGAAGAGACUCGCAAGGAAAUGCCAGCCCUGAGUCAUUGGGCAAGGAGCUGGAAUCGUUGCCUACGCAACUGGUCGAUGAGUUUGGUCUUGGUCGCGGUCUCCGGCCAUUGGUCGAUUGCAGCUGAUUUUCAGGUUUGAGAUGUAUUCCCUAGUUUACAGAUGUCGGAUUGGAAGUCCAAUUCGACCUCGAGGCAAGGGGCCCGCGCAGGGGCCAUUUACAGACCGUACUUACGAGAACCA